UCAGUCAAACCCAUUCUGGUGUUUGAUGGCCGUAAUCUGCCGUCUAAACAGGAAGUGGAAAAGACCCGCAGAGAGCGCAGGGAGGCCAACCUUCAGAAAGGCCGGCAGCUGCUGCGGGAAGGCAAACUGUCCGAGGCCAGAGACUGCUUCGGACGCUGCGUUAACAUCACACCCACCAUGGCUCAUAACCUCAUUAAGGCUGCCAGGCAGAGGGGGGUGGACUGUGUGGUGGCUCCCUAUGAAGCUGAUGCUCAGCUAGCUUACCUCACCAAAUCUGGCUUUGCUCAAGCUGUCAUCACUGAGGAUUCUGACCUGUUGGCAUUUGGCUGCAAAACGGUGAGUGGAACAAAAGCAGGGCGCAGGGAGGCCAACCUUCAGAAAGGCCGGCAGCUGCUGCGGGAAGGCAAACUGUCCGAGGCCAGAGACUGCUUCGGACGCUGCGUUAACAUCACACCCACCAUGGCUCAUAACCUCAUUAAGGCUGCCAGGCAGAGGGGGGUGGACUGUGUGGUGGCUCCCUAUGAAGCUGAUGCUCAGCUAGCUUACCUCACCAAAUCUGGCUUUGCUCAAGCUGUCAUCACUGAGGAUUCUGACCUGUUGGCAUUUGGCUGCAAAACGACCUCCUCCUCCUCCCACCAGGUUAUCAGGAAGAUGGGUCAGUACCUGAAGAUGAACCUGGUGGUUCCGGAUCAGUACAUUGAGGGCUUCAUCCGAGCCAAUAACACCUUCCUGUACCAGCUGGUGUUUGAUCCUGUCAGGAGGAAGGUGGUCCCUCUGAAUCCGUACCCAGAGCACGUGGACCCAGCCUCCCUCAGCUACGCCGGAACAAAUGUAGGAGAAGACAAAGGCUUGGAUCUGGCGCUGGGAAACCUGGACAUCAACACUAUGGAGAGGAUAGAUGACUUUAGUCCAGACAAGCCCCGCCCCCAGUCCAGCAGCUCCAGGGCUCCAGCAGGAACCAGCAUCUGGAGCAGGAACUUCAGAGCAGCUGCUGCAGACGGGAUGCCCUCCACCAGGGAGCAGCAGAGAGCCGCUGGUGGGGAUCACCGAAGGUUUCAGCACAGAGAGCAGCUGAUGAAGAGGAGGAGAGAAGAGUCCUGUCUCUCAGACCAGGAGGUGCUGCAGCAGUACUCCCCCUCAGGGUCCAAACGAACCAAGCCAGAAGCCGGCAGGCCGACGGUCAGCAGCAGCCAGCCUCGGCUCCGUAACUGCUUUGCCUCCGCAACGCUGCUGCAGAGGAGAAACGAGGAGGAGGAGGAGAACGGCAGCCAGCCCACCCACAGCAGAUUCUUCAGCAGCUGGAGUCCAGGAAGCACUGAGAGGCCUGCUGCUGAACCUUUGGAGCCCACGGUGGAGGGAUCUUCUGUUGGGGGUAGCGAUGGUCCUGACAGCCCCCCUGCAGCGGCCCCUGGCCCUCCUGUGUCCCCUGGCCCUCCUGUGUCCCCUGGCCCCAGCCCUCCUGUGUCCCCUGCUCCAGCUGGUCGGGGCCUGAAGCUGUUCCAGUGGUCAGGCGGCUCCCAUCGCUGCAAAGCAGCACAGUCUCCCUCAGGCCUAGCAGCCUUGCAGCGCUUUGAGUAUCAGAGAGACGUCUCCUCCAGUCUUCAGAAGGCUCGGUCACCUCCUGGAGGCUCCGCCCCCUCAGAGAUGAAAUCAGAGAACAAGGACAACCCCCCAGACUCUCCUCCCUCCCAGGACAGCGCUUACUUCUCCCAGAGCCAGAGAGACGAGGUCCUCCCCUGCAGCUUCUCCCCUGAGACCAGUUCAGAACCAGAACUAGGGAGUCCUGCUCCUGUGACUGAGGCCACUGGGAAACCAGCCCUGCUGGGCUCCAAGGUUUCUGGACUGUCGAGGCUGAAAUCCAGCGUUCGGAACCAGGCGGCAGGUUCGCCGAUGUUGGGCCCAGCCAGAGCCAGCGGUCUGAGGAAGAAGAAAAGCUCCUCCAGCAACAACGAGAACAACCCUGGAGUCCAGGCCACCAUUAGCAGCCUCUGGAAGAACUUCAGCUUUAAGAAGGAACCUGUGAAGAUGAGCUCCUCUAAGAAACCAAAGCCCAUGUCUCCAGUUAGAGACAACUUGCUGAUUGCUCAGCCAACAUGAACGCCUCGGCUCUGAGGAGCCCAGCUUUUUAACAUACCGUGUAUGUCGUCCAUUUCUCUUCAUUCCUGUCCAGUUUUUACUGUUUUAAAUAAAAACACU